AUGGUUUACAGCAAGCCCAGUGCGUCAAACGGCGCCAUGAAGAGGUCAGCCUCAGUUAUGCAUGAAGGUGCUCCUGGCUGGGAUGUUCCUCCUCCCAUGAUCAGCAGCUCCCGCUCAGCUAUGCGCUUACCUUAUGCUCACUAUGCCAUGAUUUACCUAGACAACGAGGGCAAACUCAAGGUUGAUGAAUCAGCCUCUAUUCAAGAACAAAAUACAAGCAUUUUCACCCCGGAGGUCCGCCAGAGCUUUUUGGAAAUUUUGGGAGAGAAGAUUGGCUACCACCCAGCCACUCGGCCAGGCAUUUUGGAAGCUUCUCCUCGACGAGUUAAGCCCCGUCGCAGCGGUAACCUUCGCAGUCCUAUCGUCAAUGAUAACCGCUUGGCCGAUCAUGGCUCCGAUAGCGAUGACUAUGGUACUAACAACUCAACUGAGAUGGUCGCUCUCCGUAUUGGAGAUACUCAGAAGGUCAUGGCUUACUAUGAAGGUGCUUUGAAGCACUUCCAGCAACUGAACUGCCGUAUGGUCGCCAAGGCUUUUAUCAAGUUCAUCGAGCCUCGAAAGCAAGUACGACACCCAUAUAACGGCGGUAAGCCCCCACCGGGAUCCGCUCCUGGCACCACUGGCGACCCCGAAAAGACCAAACCUGAAUGGUGGCCUCCUAUGGUCAUGCACAAAGAGCCUGAUCACCUACGAAAAGAGUACCGUAUCGAGCUCUUACUUCACAUUAUCCGCAAGCUUGGGAGCUAUGGAAUCACUGCAGACAAGCUCAAGGAAGUCGCUGGAGAUACCAAACGUAGCCUGAAGCACCCAUCCCACGUCGAUAUUAUUUAUGAGAUUUUGCGAGUGCGGAAGAUGGAAGAGCGUUUUGAACGUGGUGAAGUCGACUCUGGCAUGGCAGUCUAUGUGAUGAACCGUGGCCCUAGCCCUAAGGGUGAUGGCGAGGAAGAUGAUGAUUCGAACGAUGCCUCUGCUGACGUUUCCGAGCACAUCGAAGAGGGAUUAAUGACACCCACAUCAUCUGUCGAACAAGCAGUUACCUCUAUGACCCCAAUGAACUUGCCUGUGUCGAGUGUUCACUCUAUGUCUACCUACUCGAUUGCUGAGCCAAUUGGAUUCGACGCUACCCGACAAGAUCGACCAUACUAUGCUACUCCUCCUCACUACGCCGAAUCCUUCUCCUCACAGUCAAUGCUCAACACCCCAGUGCCCGCAGAGAUAAUUAGCCCCCAUGAGGUUACAGUCUUCGAUUACUCGUCUCAGAACUCUUACCCAACCUCUGCUGAGCAGCAACGCAACCCCAAUGUCCAGUAUGAUAGCUGGGCACCUACCUUCCGCCCACAACACAUUUACGGUCCUGUGGACUACAGCACCCCGCCCACUAGUCAACCACUUCCUCAACCUUCAAUGCAAUACCACAUGCACUUGGCAUCGACACACCUGCAGGACAUGUCCCACCACCACCACUCUCAGUCCCCCAUGGACUCGCAAAGGGCUCUGCCCUUCCGCAAUGGCUCCCUUAGUCAUCCUCACGGACUUCCAAUCUCCCACCCUGCUUAA